AUGUACAAAUCAAGAUUGCUGGAACUCUGCCAGGGAUGGAGGUUGGCGCUUCCAAAAUACGAAACCGUCGGAGAUGGCCCCAGUCACAUGCCUCGCUUCACCGUCGCCGUAACUGUACACGAACAGGAACUCUGCCAGGGAUGGAGGUUGGCGCUUCCAAAAUACGAAACCGUCGGAGAUGGCCCCAGUCACAUGCCUCGCUUCACCGCCGCCGUAACUGUACACGAACUGGUAUUUGAGAUUCCAUUGCCAUCCAAGUCUACUAAAGAGGCACAGGAAACCGCCGCUCAAAUCGCAUUUGAGUACUUCUCCACUCUUCCGUCUCGUCCAACUCCUUCUCAUGGAAAGAAAAUAUACAAAUCAAGAUGGCAGGAACUCUGCCAGGGAUGGAGGUUGGCGCUUCCAAAAUACGAAAUCGUCGGAGAUGGCCCUAUUCACAUGCCUCGCUUUAUCGCUGCCGUAACUGUACACGGACAGGUAUUUGAGACUCCAUUGCCAUCCAAGUCUACUAAAGAGGCACAGGAAACAGCCGCUCAAAUCGCAUUUGAGUACUUCUCCACUCUUCCGUCUCGUCCAACUCCUUCUCAUGGUAAUUUAUAUGUUCUUUCAUUUUAA